UAUUUGUCAAUGACUGAUGCGCGGAUUUCGACUAAACAGAAAGUCAGAAACAGCUUAACAGAAGAGAAGCCCGAGAAGGAAGCGAUAGGGUGGCAAAUGCUACUGUCAACUACCGUUUCCCUCUGACCGAUCCGAGGCAGCCAAAAGCUACGCUCAGCAACCCGGCAUCGAUGAUUCCGGCGACAAACGUCAGUACGGUCAGUACAGGUCCGUAAUAAUACGUUCCUCUUGCGGCGAAUUUUAAAGGUUAGGCCAGAGGUGGCACAGUAAUCUGAUAACCGUAUCGGAACCGGAGUAUUUUUAUGAAGUGUCAGAGUGUUUAAUAAUUUCCUCGAAAUUGUACGAAGUUUCACGAAGAUACAACGGCCUUAAAUAACAAGCAAUUAUGGCAACGUCUGGUUCUGAUAAGAAGCCGCGAGUAAUCAUUUUAGGAGGAUGCGGUUUUAUAGGACGUAAUCUCGUAGAAUAUCUUUUGGAUAACGAUCUCGUGUCUUUUGUACGAGUCGUGGACAAAGUACCACCACAAACCGCUUGGCUUAACUCUGUACACCAGAAACUAUUCGAACACCCCUUGCUAGAAUUUAAAAGCGCUAAUUUAAUCAAUUCAGUAUCUUGUCAAAAUGCUUUUUUAUCCGAUGAUCCAAUCGAUUUUGUGAUCAAUUGUGCUGGAGAAACGAAAAGUGGUCAAACGGAUCCUGUUUACAAAGAAGGGAUUUAUAAGUUGAGUAUGAAUUGUGCUCAACAAGCUGCCAAAUUACAGGUCGAUCGUUACGUAGAAAUAUCUGCUGGCAAUUUUAGUACCUCCGAUAAACAUCCUCUCAAAGAGGAACAGAUCGGUGAACCAUGGACGUUCGUUGCAAAAUAUAAGUUACAAGUUGAAAAUGAUAUAAAAAAUAUACCUAAUUUAAAGUACACGAUACUCAGACCAGCUACGGUGUAUGGUUGUGGUGACAGGAAUGGAUUAGCUCCUCGUUUAGUAGUGGGAGCAGUUUACAAACAUUUGGGAGAAAUGAUGAAAUUACUUUGGGGACCAGAUCUUCACAUGAACACCGUUCAUGUGAGGGAUGUUGCCAGGGCUAUCUGGCACGUUGUGAACAGACCAGACGCUAUAGGUCAAACGUAUAACGUUGUCGACAUAGGUGAUUCCACUCAAGGAUCGAUCAGUGCUAUAGUUUCAGAAUUAUUUAACAUCAACCAUGAUUAUUGGGGCACUGCACUUUCUAAACUAGCCAAAACAGAUAUGAGUUCCAUCGUUGAAGAGGUAAAUGAUAAACAUAUGGGACCUUGGGCAGAAGCUUGUAAUAAGGAUGGCGUGGAGAAUAGUCCCCUCUCUCCUUACAUUGAUCAAGAACUCCUUUAUAACAAACAUUUAUAUUUGCAAACAGGAAAACUAGAAAGCACUGGUUUUAUUCAUCAAUAUCCAAAACUUACGAAAGAUGCUUUGAAGGAGGUUCUCGAUGAUUACGUAAAAAUGAAGAUAUUCCCACAUUCCUUGGUACUGUAAACCUUAGCAAUACGGACUGCCACGAAGAAGUAAUGAAGAAACUACAAUGACUUGUAUAAAUAACAUUUGGAGCGUUUCACCUUGUGCCUAGGGAUCUAUGCAAGUUACAUACUCUAUUGUAUGUUACACACCACACAUUACUCAUAUUUUACCAGCUAACAAAUACUGUUAGUCGAGGUUAUAAUUAUAAGUACGGAUGGAAUAUGAAGAUUUCACGUAUAAGCCUAUUGCAAAUGUGAUAAACUAGUAAUUAACGUACUUAAUUUUACUCUAGUUUGAGAUAUGAAAUUUUUGCACAUUGGGGUUGCUAGUCAAAUCUCGACGUAUAUGAAUAUUUCAGGAUGAAAAGUGUUGAGAAACUAAACGAUUAAACGCCUGAAAAUAAGAUAUAUAUAUAUACGUAUAUAUAUAUAAAUAUAUAUAUAAAUAUAUAUAUAUAUAUAUUGAUGAAUAUAUAUGUAUAAAUAUGCUACGGCAUGUAGUGUUAUUUGGAGAAAUAUUUUAGAGAAUCAUGUAUACCGUCAAAAAUGCUUUUUAUACUGAAUUUUUCAAGACUGUAUAAAUAAAACUGUUAAUGAAUUAACGAUGAUACGUAGAAGCGUA